AAAACAAUGAGUACUAAUUCUUUGAAUUCUGUAAUUGAUCAUAAGAAUAAUAAUGAAAUCUAUGAAUGUGAGGAAAGUGAUUCAUCAACAAGUACCCAUUUAGAUAAUUAUAUAAAUUCACCAUUCCAAAAAAAAGGAAAGGAACCCUCAACUGUGUAG